AUGAUUAAAUCAUCAAAUAAAUUACCACUUAAAGAACAUCAACCAAUUAUAAUACCAUCUAGAAAUAUAGGAUUUAUUAAAAUAUUAGCUAGGGCAACCAAAGUACCUGCUUAUAUUGGUGGAACAAUGGCUGCUGGUGGUACUUAUGUUGCUUAUAAAGUAGAACAAGCUAGCAGUUAUACUCAAGAAAGAUUAUCUGCUUUCAAAGAUUUUACAGAUGGUAUUUUUGAUAAAACAGGUGAUUUUUUUAAAAAUUGGUCUGAUGGAUCGAAUUCAGGUUCUAGUUCUGGAGGUGAUGGAGGAGGUGGUCAAGAUACUGCUACUGCUGUGGGUGCAACUGCUGCUGCCGUUGGUUUAACAUCAGACGAAGAGGAUGAAAAUACGCCAAUUGAUGAUGAUGAAGAUGAAGAAGAAACUCUAAUAGAUGAUGACGAUGACGAUGAAAAUAUAGAUGAAACUGAUGAUCAUAUGCUUAAUUUAACCAGACAAAUGAUUGAAAUAAAAAAUUUAUUAUCUUCUAUAGAUCAUGAUGGUAUUAGAUUACCAUCUAUUGUUGUUAUUGGAUCACAAUCAAGUGGUAAAUCAUCAGUUUUAGAAGCUAUAGUUGGUCAAGAAUUUUUGCCGAAAGGUUCAAAUAUGGUUACAAGGAGACCAAUUGAAUUAACAUUAGUUAAUACACCAGAAUCAGCAUCAAAUGUAGCUGAAUUGCCAGCAUUGAAAUUGUAUAAUCUUACAGAUUUUACUCAAUUACAAAAAACAUUAUAUGAUUUAAAUAUGACAGUUCCUGAAACUGAUUGUAUAUCAAAUGAUCCAAUUCAAGUUACUAUAAGAUCACCAAAAGUUCCUGAUUUAUCAUUAGUUGAUUUACCUGGUUAUAUUCAAGUUGAAGCUGCUGAUCAACCCACUGAAUUGAAAAAGAAAAUUCGAGAAUUAUGUUUUAAAUAUUUAAAACCUCCAAAUGUUAUAUUAGCUAUAUCUGCAGCUGAUGUUGAUUUAGCAAAUUCUGCAGCUUUAAGAGCUUCAAGAUUAGCUGAUCCAAGAGGUGAAAGAACAAUUGGUGUUAUUACAAAAUUAGAUUUAGUUGAACCUGAAGUCGCAAGAAAAAUAUUGACAAAUAAAAAAUAUCCAUUAAGAUUAGGUUAUGUAGGAGUUAUAACAAAAGCACCACAACAGAAAGCAAGUUCUGGUGGAUUAUUUUCAAGGAAUACUUUAACUGGUUAUCAAGCAUUUGUUGCGCAACAAAAUUUUGAACAUUCAUAUUUAAAAGAACAUAAAGAAGAAUUUUUUGGCACAACAACAGGAACUAAAAAUUUGAAAAAGAAACUAAUGAAGGUGUUGGAAAAGACUAUGGCUGCAUCAUUAAGACCGACUCAUCUAGCCAUUCAACAAGAGUUGGAAGAAACAAGUUAUCAAUUCAAAGUUGAAUUCAAUGAUCGUUCAUUAACUCCAGAAAUGUAUCUUGCUAAUAACAUAGAUAUGUUAAAAUUAGGUACUAAAGAUUUAAGUCAUAAUUUUUCAAGAUCAGAAUUAAAAUCAAUUCUUAAAAAUGCAUUAGAUCAAAAAGUUUUAGAUUUAUUAGCUGAAAGAUAUUGGAAUAAACCUUUUGAUUUAAAUAAAACAAAUUAUGAACCACAAUUGAAAGAAUUAUCACAAUCUAUUCAUGAUGAUGAUUUAUAUUGGCAUAAGAAAUUAGAUUUAACAUCAAAUUCAUUAACUAAAUUAGGUGUUGGAAGAUUAUCAACAAAUUUAAUUACAAAUUGUUUAAUUAAUGAAGUUGAAAAUUUAGUUGAUAAUACUCAAUUAAGAAAUCACCCAAUGGCUAAAAGUGCAGUUAAGGAAGCUGCUAAAAAUGUAUUAAGUACAAAAUAUUAUUCAACUGCCGAUCAAGUUGAAAAUUGUAUAAAACCAUAUAAAUAUGAAAUUGAAUUAGAAGAUAGAGAAUGGGCAACAUCAAAAGAAAAUGCAGUUAAUUUAUUAAAAGAAGAAAUGAGACAAUGUGAUGAAGUUUAUCAUGAAUUGAAAAAACAAGUUGGUGGUAGAAAAUUACAACAAGUUGUAACAUAUCUUGAAAAAUUAAAACAAAAUAACAAUAAUAUAGAUUUAACAACUAAUGAAACAUUAGGAUUUAGUCCAACAUUGAUACAAAGAGGUAAAGAUGCUAUAUUUUUAAAAGAUAGAUUAUCAUUAUUAAAAAUGAGAUAUUCAUUUAUUAAAAAUUCAAAAAAAUGUAAGAAAAAAGAAUCCAAAUAUCAAUGUCCUGAAAUUUUCCUUGAUGCAGUUGCUUCUAAAAUAACAUCAACAUCAAUCCUAUUUCUUAAUGUUGAAUUAUUAUCUGAUUUUUAUUAUAAUUUCCCAAGGGAACUUGACUUAAAAUUUUUCAAUAAUUUAUCAAAAGAAGAUAUUGAAAAAUUUGCCAAAGAGGAUCCAAAAAUUAAAAAACAUAUUGAAUUACAGGAACGUAAAGAUUUAUUAGAAAAUGCGUUAAGUAAAAUUGAAAGUGUUUUAGCAAUUCGAAGAAGUACAAAUAAUCAACAAGAAGAUCGUCAUGAAAAAAAAUCAUUAUUUAAUUGGUAA